UUGUUAGAAGUUCUAACUAAGCAGCCAGUGCUGGGAAGUAACCUGAUGUGCUGGACAGAGAGGAGUUUACAUUGUGAUUAGGUGCCAGCUGAUGGGAUCAGUGUGUGACGCUGGACAUUUGGAAAAGCCCACUGCAAAUGCCAAAUGAAGCAGAUCAUCCUUUAUUGAUCUACUGAGCUGCUUUGCAUGAAAUUCAUUUGUUUCUAAUAAACCUCUGAAGGCAGAAGAGCCAGACGGAGAAGCUGAAGAAGACGACACUACCAUUGAUGUGGACCUAGAAAACGUUAGGCCGAGACCACAAGGCUCCUCUCCAGUUUAUGAAUAUGCAAUAAAUGAAUUCUAUAUUAAUACUGAGGACAGUUCAAUAUAUACCACCUCGGAGUUUUCAAGCAGAAUAAGGAAAACAUCAUUUAUACGUACCUCCCAUCCAUUCUCAAAAAUGAGUGAUUCAGAGGAAUCAAUGGAAGUAACCUUAAGCACUGAAGCUGAAAGAGGUGCCAGUGGAUUUACUAUAACUGGUGGACGAGAGCAAGGAAUAAUUGUAUCCCAAGUACUAAAGGAAUCUCCACAUUCAGAUAUAUUCUGCAUUAAAGAAGGAGACCAACUUUUAAGUGCAACAAUAUAUUUUGAUGAUAUCACCUAUGAGGAUGCACUUAAGAUUUUACAGCAGUCUGAACCAUACAAAGUACAAUUUAACUUGAAACGCAAGCUUGAAAAAGAAGACAGAGAGAAAAUGCAUUCUGUCAUACAAAACAAGCCAGAGAAACAGAAACAGGAUAACGGUGAUCAAGUUUAUAGUUUUAAAACUACAGAGGGUGAUAAAACAGUUCGAAAGAGAGAGCAUAAAAAGAAGCGUUCAAAAAAAGACAGACUUUCUUGGCCAAAAUUUCAGUCAAUUACAACUACUGGGUUUCUUGGGCAUAGAAGUUCUAGAAGCACAUCAGAAACCAAUGAUGAAGAAACCCAAGAUACCUCAAGAGUAAGUGAACUUCACUCUGAGCAAGAAGAUAUUUCUAUAAAACAGUAUGAAAGAGAGUUCCCUGGAAUGGAACUUCAAUGCAGAAAGACAGCAAGUGGGGAACAAAUAUUGGAACUGGAAACAAAAAAGCAGGCUGAUCCACAGCGAAGACUAAAAGAAAAAAGGAGUUUAGACAGUAGUAUCAGUGUAAAAAUAGAUCACCAUUCGGUUCCUAAAACUCAGCUUAGAAAAGGUGAAUCAUUACAUUCUUACAUUUCUACUGAUAAAUCAAAAGACAAAAAAGAAAAUAUACAGAAUGUUAUCUGGAGAGAGACCCUCCCUGAAGUUAUUAUAGUAAAAGAAAAAACCUUGCCAUCUCCAUGCAAAGUAUCACCAAUACAAAAAAGGGAUCAAACAACAAUAUUGCAAAGUUCUGCAGAAGAAAGAAUUAAUGAGUUGUCACAACAAACUGAUUUAGGUCAACAGGUCUGUGAUGUUCUUACACAUCCAAAAGAUGAAACAAUGAUGUCAAAACAAAGAAAGAAAAAGUCAAAGAAGACAAUAUUAGGAAGCACCCGUGCUCAAGUUGAUGAUACUUGUGAAGCUCACUCAUCUAGUUCUCAUCUGAAUAUAGAAUUUCAUCCUUUCUCAGGUAAUAAUACAGAAGAAAACAAUAUUCCUGAAGAUGAAAAAGUAAGUACAAGUUGCGUAGCUUUCAAAAGACUUGUAAAUGAUGAUGCAAUGAAUGAAUUUCAAACUGAGCCAUCAAAACAUUAUGCGUCAGCUAAAAUAAAUAACACAUGUGAAUUUGCAGAAUUACAACACAAAAAUGUAGCUGAAAAGGUAGAAUCCAGUCUUAGUGGUACAGAGCCAACUUCAGACAAAGGGCUUCCAGGCAGACAACAUGUUUUAUCAGGGUGGAAGCUACAAAUGCCAAUAAUAAAAAUGCCUAAGCUACCAAAACUGCAAAGAAAGUCUUUUAGAUCUGAAAAUGUUGAACAUUCCAAUAUAAAUACUACUAAUAUACGAUCAGAGGGUAAAGACUCUGUAAUAAUUGCUGAUGUCCCAAUAUUAUCAACAUUGUUAACAGACACUGCAAGCAGCAGAACUAAGAAUAUUGAAAGUAACAAAAUUCCAGUGGUGUCAUACAUUCCCAAGAAUAAAGAACCAGUUGCUACAGGGGAUAUUAUUCAUCAAAAAACUAUACUGAAACAGAAAUGUGUACAACCUCAUUUAGACAAAAAUCAAUCAGAUCUCAAUAUCCAUUUCUUAGACACAGAGAAAGAAAACUAUACAUUACUUGAGGGUGAAAGGGUGGAUAAAGAAAAUAUACAUGUGCUUUAUAAUCCUGUACAAUUACCUCUACAAGAUGAGGGUUCUGACAAGUUAGUCACUAAAAAAAUAAAGUUAAAUACAGAUAUGAUGUCAGAGAUUCCAGUACCAGAGCUGGAUAUGCCAGUUACUGAUAUUCUUUCACCAGGACAGACCUUACCUGAGGAAGCUUUUAUAGAAGAUAAUGCAAAUGAUUCAAAUAUACGUUUAAAAUAUGAAUUCAUGUGUGAACCUAAUGAUAAUGAAAGCAGGGAGGCAUUGUUAAAAAAGCCCACAUUAAAAAUGUCUUCUUUUGAUACAAUCACACAAAAAGUAAAAGACAGUAGUGAGAAAGACUAUAAAACUAUUAUAGAUCUAAAUAAAGAUGGCAAAAAGGGUAUUGUAAAAGUUAAGUUACCAAAAGUUGAGCUAUCACUUCCACAAUUCAGGGGACCUAAAGGUCAUUACAAGGUUCAUACAAAUACAGACAGUCAAAGCAGUGACAAUAUUAAUGAUGUUUACAACAAGUGGACAUUUUCAGAAGAGCUUAAGCAUGAUAGCCAGUUAAGUUCAUAUUCAAAGCAUGAAAUCAAAAUUGAAAAAGAUGGAGUUUUUGAUAAUGUUCCCACUGAGGCAGAUAUCAAUAUAUCAUUUAUUAAAAAAAAUACACUUGAAGUUAGUGAAAAUAAAGUGAAUGAAACAUCAGAAGAAAUUGAUGCAAAUGAUACAGUAGAUUUUGCAAAAGACAUAAACAUUAUUUUCCCUCACAUGCAAAUUGCUAAAUAUUGUGAAUGUAUUUCUGACAAUAAUGAAAAAGAAACAGAACAAAAAAGCAGAACAGAUUUUAAACUUAAAAAAGAUAUUAGCACAAAUGUGAGUGAAGAAAAGAAAAUAAUACAUGAAUUAAAAAAACAAGAUGGAGAAAAAGGAGAACAAGAAAAUACCAUAACUGUAACAAGCUCAAUAACGGGGGGUUUUAGUCAAGAACUUGAUUUAGAUAAUAACGAUAUCAGUAAACCUCAAAAACUAAAAUACACACCCACAACAAACACUUUACAAGGCACAAAUGCAAACAUAGACAUCAACAGUGACACAUCUGAAUAUGGCACUGUUUACAGUGGCAUUCACACAACAAUUUCAGAUGAAAAGAAAGUAAGUGAAGAAAGGAAGCCAUUAAAAGUCCACUCAUCUGAAAUGAAUUCAGAGGUAGAAGUUUUACACAGCAAGCUAGAGGAGAGAAAAGGUGUAAAAAUUACAGAAAUUCCAAAAACUAUUAUAUCUACAGAAAGACAAGUAAAAGAAAAAACUUCACUAACUCAACAAUUUCUGUCUUCAAACAUGAAAAGAGAUUUUAAAGUUGCAGAUAUCAGUUGUUCCCUCUCACCUACUAUAGAGGAAUUAAAAUCUAAAAAUGAAGCUGAAACUGUAGAGAAUAAGAUUGUUAAAAAAGAUGUUUUCAUGAAGGUAUCUGUAGAAAGAAUGGAUAUUGCAAAAAAAUAUGAAGACAUGCCAAUUAUACAACCCAAAACAAAAAUUCUAGAGACAGUUAAAGAAACAUCAAUUCACGAAAUACAGCCUCCAACAUCAUCAAAGCCAGAUAUUAGCCACUCUGAGCAAGUAGGGGAAUCAGUUAAAGAGUUUUUAAGCCUCUCAGUUGAGUCUGAACCAAUAACAGUUUCCAAAGAAGAGGUGACAGUAGAGCUUAAGCAAGAGGAAGAAAGGCCUAAACCCGACACUGACUCCAUUCAGUCACUUGAAAUACAGAAAGACGUCAAAGAAUCUGAAGUUGUGCAGAAAGAGUUAAGCAUUCAUGUGAAACCCUCUGUCGUAGAACACUGGGAGGUGCAGGGUAAAGGGAAAAGACACAGGAAAAAGGUUACAAAAGUGGAAAAAACUAUCAUAACUACCGAAAACCAAGAGACAGGUGUUACUUCUCCCUUGGAAGGAUACACCUCAGAAACAAAAACUGAAUUUGAGAUUGAAGACAUUGAUGAUACUUUGUCUCCAACCGAACAAGAACUAAAACCUCAAGAAGAGAUGGUAGAGACUGCAACUAUAACAACUGAGACAACUGAGACAAAACUUUUCUUGACAAUGUCUGAAGACAGAGUUGAUACAGCUGUAACAGCUCAAGAGACUCUAAUUACAGAACCCACAAUACAAAUUCUGCAAUCAGUAACAGAAUUGACAAUUUGCGAAACACAGCUUCCAACAUCCACAGUCUUAACACUUUCUACAACGGAGCAAACUGAUCUGGCAGGUGGCACAGAGGAAAUCCCACAGCACAAAGAAGACAUCAAGGUUGACUCUGAAGAAAAACGGAGAGAAACAUCUCAAGACACUCAAGCUACAGAACCCAAAGCAGAAAUUCUAGAGGUGUCUGAAGAAAGAGUGGAUACGGCCAGAACAACUCAAGAGACUGAAAUUACAGAACCCAAAACACAAAUUCUAGAGACAGUUAUAGAAGUAUCAGUUCCCGAAACACAGCUUCCGACGUUAUCAACGCUCCAUUUUGUUCAGUCUGAUCAAAAGGCUAUUCCAGAUAGCUCAAUUGCUAUGCCACAGCCGAAAGGAGACAUUCAGCUUGAGUUAGAAGAAACAGAGGCAGAAACUACAAGUGAAUUCAUAAGCACUGAAGAAAAAGAUACCAGUUCUUGGGGAUGGGGCAUACAGCUCCCCGCAUUCAAAAUGCCACUGUUUGGCAAAUCUGACAAACCAGCUGAUCUAACAGAAACUGAAGAUGCUUCAAAACCCAAAGAAGAAGUAAAACACGAGGCUGAAAUAACAGAGCGGGAGACAGUUAUAGAGUCUUUAAGCCUCUCAGUUGAGUCUGAGCCAACAACAGUUUUGAAAGAAGAGGUGACAGUAGAGCUUCAGCAAGAGGAAGAAAGGCCUAAACCCGACACUGACUCCAUUCAGUCACUUGAAAUACAGAAAGACAUCAAAGAAUCUGAAGUAGUGCAGAAAGAGUUAAGCAUUCAAGUGGAACCCUCUGUGGAAGAACACUGGGAGGUGCAGGGUAAAGGGAAAAGACACAGGAAAAAGGUUACAAAAGUGGAAAAAACUGUCAUAGCUACUGAAUACCAAGAGACAGGUCUUACUUCUCCCCUGGAAGGAUACACCUCAGAAACAAAAACUGAAUUUGAGAUUGAAGACAUUGAUGAUACUUUGUCUCCAACCGAAGAAGAACUAAAAACUCAAGAAGAGAUGGCAGAGACUGCAACUAUAACAACUGAGACAACUGAGACAAAACUUUUCUUGACAAUGUCUGAAGACAGAGUUGAUACAGCUGUAACAGCUCAAGAGAUUCUAAUUACAGAACCCACAAUACAAAUUCUGCAAACAGUAACAGAAUUGACAAUUUGCGAAACACAGCUUCCAACAUCCACAGUCUUAACACUUUCUACAACGGAGCAAACUGGUCUGGCAGGUGGCACAGAGGAAAUCCCACAGCACAAAGAAGACAGCAAGGUUGACUCUGAAGAAAAAGAGAGAGAAACAACUCAAGACACUCAAGUUACAGAACCCAAAGCAGAAAUUCUAGAGGUGUCUGAAGAAAGAGUGGAUACAGCUAGAACAACUCAAGAGACUGAAAUUACAGAACCCAAAACACAAAUUCUAGAGACAGUUAUGGAAGUAUCAGUUCCCGAAACACAGCUUCCGACGUUAUCAACGCUCCAUUUUGUUCAGUCUGAUCAAAAGGCUAUUCCAGAUAGCUCGGUUGCUAUGCCACAGCCGAAAGGAGACAUUCAGCUUGAGUUAGAAGAAACAGAGGCAGAAACUACAAGUGAAUUCAUUAUCACUGAAGAAAAAGAUACCAGUUCUUGGGGAUGGGGCAUACAGCUCCCCGCAUUCAAAAUGCCACUGUUUGGCAAAUCUGACAAACCAGCUGAUCUAACAGAAACUGAAGAUGCUUCAAAACCCAAAGAAGAAGUAAAACACGAGGCUGAAAUAACAGAGCGGGAGACAGUUAUAGAGUCUUUAAGCCUCUCAGUUGAGUCUGAGCCAACAACAGUUUUGAAAGAAGAGGUGACAGUAGAGCUUCAGCAAGAGGAAGAAAGGCCUAAACCCGACACUGACUCCAUUCAGUCACUUGAAAUACAGAAAGACAUCAAAGAAUCUGAAGUAGUGCAGAAAGAGUUAAGCAUUCAAGUGGAACCCUCUGUGGAAGAACACUGGGAGGUGCAGGGUAAAGGGAAAAGACACAGGAAAAAGGUUACAAAAGUGGAAAAAACUGUCAUAGCUACUGAAUACCAAGAGACAGGUCUUACUUCUCCCCUGGAAGGAUACACCUCAGAAACAAAAACUGAAUUUGAGAUUGAAGACAUUGAUGAUACUUUGUCUCCAACCGAAGAAGAACUAAAAACUCAAGAAGAGAUGGCAGAGACUGCAACUAUAACAACUGAGACAACUGAGACAAAACUUUUCUUGACAAUGUCUGAAGACAGAGUUGAUACAGCUGUAACAGCUCAAGAGAUUCUAAUUACAGAACCCACAAUACAAAUUCUGCAAACAGUUACAGAAUUGACAAUUUGCGAAACACAGCUUCCAACAUCCACAGUCUUAACACUUUCUACAACGGAGCAAACUGAUCUGGCAGGUGGCACAGAGGAAAUCCCACAGCACAAAGAAGACAGCAAGGUUGACUCUGAAGAAAAAGAGAGAGAAACAAUUCAAGACACUCAAGCUACAGAACCCAAAGCAGAAAUUCUAGAGGUGUCUGAAGAAAGAGUGGAUACGCCUAGAACAACUCAAGAGACUGAAAUUACAGAACCCAAAACACAAAUUCUAGAGACAGUUAAAGAAGUAUCAGUUCCCGAAACACAGCUUCCGACGUUAUCAACGCUCCAUUUUGUUCAGUCUGAUCAAAAGGCUAUUCCAGAUAGCUCGGUUGCUAUGCCACAGCCGAAAGGAGACAUUCAGUUUGAGUUAGAAGAAACAGAGGCAAAGACUACAAGUGAAUGCAUUAGCACUGAAGAAAAAGAAACCAGUUCUUGGGGAUGGGGCAUACAGCUCCCCGCAUUCAAAAUACCACUGUUUGGCAAAUCUGACAAACCAGCUGAUCUAACGGAAACUGAAGAUGCUUCAAAACCCAAAGAAGAAGUAAAACACGAGGCUGAAAUAACAGAGCGGGAGACAGUUAUAGAGUCUUUAAGCCUCUCAGUUGAGUCUGAGCCAACAACAGUUUCGAAAGAAGAGGUCACAGUAGAGCUUCAGCAAGAGGAAGAAAGGCCUAAACCCGACACUGACUCCAUUCAGUCACUUGAAAUACAGAAAGACAUCAAAGAAUCUGAAGUAGUGCAGAAAGAGUUAAGCAUUCAAGUGGAACCCUCUGUGGAAGAACACUGGGAGGUGCAGGGUAAAGGGAAAAGACGCAGGAAAAAGGUUACAAAAGUGGAAAAAACUGUCAUAGCUACUGAAUACCAAGAGACAGGUGUUACUUCUCCCCUGGAAGGAUACACCUCAGAAACAAAAACUGAAUUUGAGAUUGAAGACAUUGAUGAAACUUUGUCUCCAACCGAAGAAGAACUAAAAACUCAAGAAGAGAUGGAAGAGACUGCAACUAUAACAACUGAGACAACUGAGACAAAACUUUUCUUGACAAUGUCUGAAGACAGAGUUGAUACAGCUGUAUCAACUCAAGAGACUCUAAUUACAGAACCCACAAUACAAAUUCUGCAAUCAGUUACAGAAUUGACAAUUUGCAAAAUACAGCUUCCAACAUCCACAGUCUUAACACUUUCUACAACGGAGCAAACCGAUAUGGCAGGUGGCACAGAGGAAAUCCCACAGCACAAAGAAGACAGCAAGGUUGACUCUGAAGAAAAAGAGAGAGAAACAACUCAAGACACUCAAGCUACAGAACCCAAAGCAGAAAUUCUAGAGGUGUCUGAAGAAAGAGUGGAUACGGCUAGAGCAACUCAAGAGACUGAAAUUACAGAACCCAAAACACAAAUUCUAGAGACAGUUAUAGAAGUAUCAGUUCCCGAAACACAGCUUCCGAUGUUAUCAACGCUCCAUUUUGUUCAGUCUGAUCAAAAGGCUAUUCCAGAUAGCUCGGUUGCUAUGCCACAGCCGAAAGGAGACAUUCAGUUUGAGUUAGAAGAAACAGAGGCAAAGACUACAAGUGAAUGCAUUAGCACUGAAGAAAAAGAAACCAGUACUUGGGGAUGGGGCAUACAGCUCCCCGCAUUCAAAAUACCACUGUUUGGCAAAUCUGACAAACCAGCUGAUCUAACGGAAACUGAAGAUGCUUCAAAACCCAAAGAAGAAGUAAAACACGAGGCUGAAAUAACAGAGCGGGAGACAGUUAUAGAGUCUUUAAGCCUCUCAGUUGAGUCUGAGCCAACAACAGUUUCGAAAGAAGAGGUCACAGUAGAGCUUGAGCAAGAGGAAGAAAGGCCUAAACCCGACACUGACUCCAUUCAGUCACUUGAAAUACAGAAAAGACAUCAAAAGAAUCUGAAGUAG